AUGGCUCUCUUCGCAAAUUUUUUGACACUCUUCAUAGCCCUUCCCAACCCUGUGUUUGGUUCGAUAACGCCUUCAUAUGCCUUAACCAAAACAGAUCCUUCAAUCUCAACUGUUGCGCCCAAUCAAUUCUCGAGUGGUGUAGAAUGGGAUGAGAAAACAAAUGAAUUCAUUCAAAAGUAUCAAGACCUGAGACAGCUUCAUGAUUCUUUACUACGGAACUAUGAACCAUUAGCAAGAAGCGAAUCAGGAAAUUUGUUGCCGCCUUCAGAGAGUCGUAUGGAUUAUAAGGAUAGACGUUACAAAAAGCCAAGCUCCAAUCUUAUGACUCAUAGAAGAACUACCCCAACAAAUAUAGAAAAACAUAAAUAUGAUAUUCUGUCAAAGUUGAAGAGAAUCGAUGAAAAAUUGAAAAAAAUUGUCCCACAGGAUGGCACGAUGAGAUAUGAAGGCAAAAGAGUAUACACUACUGAUGAAUUGAAAUAUGUUGAAAGCAGGGUAAAGGAAUUAAAAAACGGCUAUGAUUACAUCUAUCUAGGUGACGGAAAAUUUGUAAGGGUAGAAGAAGAAACUUGUGAUCUCUCUGGAGUAUUUGGUAAGAUUAGAGCAUUUGACGAAGAUGGACAGACAAUUCUUUAUCAAACAGGUUGUUGUUUUUAUAAUUGGAAUUCGUUUUCUCCGGGGGAGAGUUCACUUUUAGAACAUAUUGUUUGGAUAACGGCCUGUUUGCCUUUGAAGGCUGCUUAUGAUCAUUUUACAGAAAAAACUUGGAAAAAGUUUGAAGCCAAGUUUUUAGAUGGGUUGGCGGGUUUAUGUUGA